AUGGAGACGCUGAAGAAACCGAUCAAAUCUUUGGUUUCGCUGAAAAUCAGGGAGUACGUGAAGGACUACUGCAAGAGGAACGGGCUGCUGACGCUCUCGGUCUUCGCCGUGGUGACUGGCUGCGUGGUUGGAUUUUUCCUUCGGUCAUUCAACCUCUCCACGCAGGCCAAGAUUUACUUUUCGUUUCCUGGAGAACUCCUGAUGAGGAUGUUGAAGAUGUUGAUUCUGCCACUCAUCACUUCCAGUCUGAUGUCUGGCCUGUCGGCCAUGGACACCAAGGCCAGCGGUCGGCUGGGAGUCCUGACCAUCACCUACUACCUGUGGACGACCUUCAUCGCCGUCAUCGUCGGCAUCGUGCUGGUGCUCAUCAUUCACCCGGGGACGGGCACGGACAAAGACGGCCACCAUGCCAGCUCGGGGCCUGUCAUGACCUCCGCCGACGCCCUGCUGGAUCUCAUCAGAAACAUGAUUCCGUCCAAUUUAAUUGAGGCAACAUUUCAGCAGUACCGGACAGAUUUAGUGCCGAUCGUUCAGAACAACGACGGUAAAGAGUCUCAGGCCAACUAUGUGUACGUCAUGCCCGACUACCACAACCCUCGUCUGGGCCACCCGGUCUUCCUGGAGAUCACCCCCGCGCCCGACAUCAAGUACAGAAUCGUUCCCAGCACGAGUAAAGGCAUGAACGUCCUGGGGAUUGUCAUCUUCUCAGCCACCAUGGGUCUGCUGCUGGGGAAGAUGGGAGAACGUGGAGCGCCGCUGGUGAACGUGUGCCAGUGCAUCAAUGAGUGCGUCAUGAAGAUCAUCAACGCUGCAAUGUGGUACUUCCCCUUCGGAAUUGUGUUCCUGGUGGCGGGAAAGAUCCUGGACAUGCACGACCCGGCUCACCUGGGGGAGAAGCUGGGCAUGUACUUCAUCACCGUGCUGUCCGGCCUGUUCGUGCACGGCCUCAUCCUGCUGCCCCUCUUCUACUUCAUCUUCACCCGCAAAAACCCCUUCUCCUACAUCCGAGGGCUGCUGCAGGCGCUCGUCAUCGCGCUGGCCACGUCUUCCAGCUCGGCCACGCUGCCAAUCACCAUGAAGUGUCUCCUGGAGAACUGCGGCGUGGACCGGCAGAUCGCGCGGUUCGUGCUGCCGGUCGGAGCCACCAUCAACAUGGACGGGACGGCGCUGUACGAGGCCGUGGCCGCCAUCUUCAUCGCACAGGUCAACGAGUACGAUCUGGACUUUGGGCAGCUGGUCACCAUCAGCAUCACGGCCACCGCCGCCAGCAUCGGGGCGGCCGGGAUUCCUCAGGCCGGCCUGGUCACCAUGGUCAUCGUCCUGACCUCUGUGGGGUUACCGCCUGCCGACAUCUCCCUGAUCGUUGCCAUCGACUGGGUCCUCGAUCGGUUCAGGACGAUGAUCAAUGUUCUUGGUGACGCCUUGGCUGCUGGGAUCAUGGCUCAUCUGUGUAAGAAGGACUUCGACCGGGCCGCCGCUGCGGCAGCUGCAGAGGCUACUAUUGACCCCGAUAACAAAAACAUCAACAAACGGAGAGACACAGUAAUCUCCUACGGCAAUCAGAGCGUGGCCAUGUCCGACGCCCCACUGAUCGCACACCGCUGCGAUUACGUUUUCGAGGUGGACGGAGACAACGUGCUGGAGAAACCCGUGCCCUGCUACAACCUCUGCCAAGUCUGAGAGUUUUUUUGUUUUUUUUUUCACGGGAUGGACGACUU